GACCAUCUUUUUUUAUAACAGCAGUCGGACCUUUUGGAUCCAUAGCUUCUUCUGACCUUCAGUGACCUAUGGUGAUUUAGCCGUAUGUGUGUGGAUCAGGAUACACACAUGAGGACAGGCUGACAUUGACAGCUCUCACUCCUCUGAGAACCAACAGUAACUAGUUUCUAGGCUCUAAGGGUCUGAGCGAGAUGGCUGAAGACUCCAAGAUUGAACUCUUCAUCAAGGCCAGUGAUGAUGGGGAGAGUGUGGGGAACUGUCCCUUCUGUCAGCGACUCUUUAUGAUCCUCUGGCUGAAAGGGGCCAACUUCACCCUCACCACAGUAGACAUGAAAAGGGCUCCAGAAGUGCUGAAGGACCUUGCCCUAGGCUCUCAGCCCCCGUUCCUCAUCUUCGGCGGGGAGGUGCGCACAGACACCAACAAGAUCGAGGAGUUCCUAGAGGAGGCACUGGCUCCGCCACAGUACCCCAAGCUCUGCUGUCGCUACAAGGAGUCCAACGGUGCUGGAGAUGACAUCUUCCACAAGUUUUCUGCAUACAUCAAGAACCCUAACCCUGGACUCAACGAUAUGCUUGAGAAGAAGUUUCUGAAGAGCCUGAUGAAGUUGGAUCAGUACCUGCUGACGCCACUCCUACACGAGCUGGACCAAAACCCAGACGUCCCCAAGUCAUCACGGCACUAUCUGGAUGGGAACUCCCUCAGUCUGGCUGACUGCAACCUGCUGCCCAAGCUCAACAUAGUCAAGGUGGUGUGUAGGAAGUACCGUGACUUUGAGAUCCCUGUGGCUCUGCCCGGUCUGACCCGCUACCUGACCAAGGCCUACCAGCAGGACGAGUUCCGCUAUACCUGCCCCAAGGAUUCUGAGAUCCUACUGGCCUACCACUCGGUGGCCAAAUACCUCAACAAGUAGAUCAGGAGAGAAGGAUGGGGAGAGAGGAGGGCAAUGAGAGAUAGAGAGGGAGGGGGGCAGACAGAGUAAAAGAGGAGUUGAAGAAGGUAUGUUUAGACAAGAGAAGAAAUAUAAAAGGGGAAAGAGGGCUAUGAAGCCAUGAUUUAUGUGUAGAGGAGCAGAAAAAUAAGCCUGCUGCCUGUGCCUCAGAAUGAGACAUGUCUGUCUUCUGUCAGUAACACAUUUGUGUAUAACGCUGUGUGUACAGGGUGAAGGUCUGCUCACAUAUGUACUAUUACAAUGUGUGUGCAAUACAAUUAUGUGCUGCCUGUUUAGUUUCUGUAGAUAUUUGCGUUCCUUGAAUUAUACACAACUGUUAAAACAUACAUUUUAAUAAUCUUUCAAUGUAAUUUAUGCUCACUUUAAAAAUCUAGCAAUGUGCACACUUUGUAUGGCAAUUGUAAGGAUCUGGAUGUUCUAUCCCUGAGAGACAAAGAGAAAGCAUUAUGUCAAAUGCCAAGUAAACAAAGAUAAUUGUGAUACUAUUGUAUGUGGAUUGAUAGGUUUUCCAUUAAUGAAAUGUGCUAUAUUGAAAUUACUAUCAUAGCAAUGCCCAGAAAUAUUAGUCUGAGUAGGCCUAAAACUAAUUUUAAUUGGUUUAUCUAAAAGUGUUUGGCUUGCAACCUGUUUUCAUUGCUGUGGGUGGAAUCAUAAAAUGAGAAGUGAUUAUUCCACCCAUAGAAUUGAUCAAAGUCAGAGACCACUAUGAUGACACACCAAAUGCAUUUGAUGGAUCCUUUUUGUCUUCUAAUGCCUCGAGGGGAAAGUAAUCCAAAAGUAACGGAAGAAAAUCAGAGAAGUUAUUGUGUUUGGGAAAUCCAAAAGUUAUGUUACUGAUUACAAUUUUGGACAGGUAACUAGUAACUGUAACAGAUUACAUUUAGAAAGUAACCUACCUAACCCUGGUUUUGGUUCGAAUAGAAUACAGUCCAGAUAUAUUAUCUAUGAUACAGACAGUCAGUUCAGUGGAAGAAACACUGAACUUAUCUUAUAUUGUAAUGUGGUCUGUGUGUAGCUGAUGUAGAGGAGUCAGGCGCAGGACAGCAGAUAUGAGUAAAUAAACGUACUUUACUCAACAUAUACAAAUGCAAUACAAAAAGAGAGCCCACAUUAACGGACCGUACUACAUACAAAUAAUUACUCACAAACAGACAUGGGAGAACAGAGGGUUAAAUAAUGAACAAGUAAUUGGGGAAUUGAAACCAGGUGUGUAAGACAAAGACAAAACAAAUGGAAAAUGAAAAGUGGAUCGGCGAUGGCUAGAAGGCCGGUGAUGUCGACCGCCGAACAAGGAGAGGGACCGACUUCGGCGGAAGUUGUGACACUUUGUGACAGUUUGACUCGAUCACGCUGGCGAUGAGAGGCAGCGGGUAUUGAAAGGGAGAGAUUGAAAGAGAGAGUAAAGAAGUGGAGAAAGACAAAAGAGGAGAUGAGGACAGAAGCGACUGAUGACGAAGAUGUCGUUGGAAAUAUCAUUGAAGAAAAGAACAAGACAGACAAAAGUAUCAGGAGGUGAAUCUUCAACUGGGGAAAUACUAAUGUCAAAGAAAGAUACCAACAAAAACUGAGAGGACCUUUCAGAGGGAGAGGGAGGAAGGUGAUAACACACAGUGCAUUUGGAAAGUAGUCAGGCCCCUUGACUUUUCA